AUGGGUGUCAAAGGUUUUGUUGCUGUUAAGCUAGUUAAACAAGAAGGUGUGGCAGCACUUUACUCCUGCCUCUCCGCUACUUUCCUCCGGCAGGUUCUCUAUUCCACCACCCUGGAGGUGCUGGCUGGUUGCGGUCUCAUGGCAGGUGGUCUAGAGAAAUGGAAAGCUUUUGCUAUGUCAAAGGAAGAAGAAGAGGGGGUGGUGGCAGAUGAGGAGGAGAUUGUUGAAGACGAAUCCCUACAAAGAACUGUGGCCGGAAAGUUAUGGAUAGAAAGUAGUUUUAACUCUCGGGCGUUCAAAACCACAAUGUUGAAUGCUUGGAAGCUUAAACAUGCAGUGGAGGUACAAGAUCUGAGCAAGAACUUGUUCCUCUUCAAGUUCGGAUCUAAGAGAGGCAUGGAAUAUGUUUUGAAGACAGGUCCGUGGAGUUUCGACCGGGCUUUAUUGGUGCUAAAACGGAUCUCGGGAGAGGAACAACCUUCUGAGUUAAACAUGCAUUUCAGUUCCUUCUGGGUCAGAGUUUAUGAUCUCCCACUCAUACUCAGAUCUGAAACAAUGGCAAAAAAGUUGGGCAAUAUCAUGGGUUCAUUUGAAGAAAUGGACUCUAAGGAAGCACACAGAACUGGAAGAUUCCUCCGAAUCAAAGUAUUAAUUAACCUGAAGGAGCCCCUUAAGCGAGGAACGGUGGUGACAUUCAAAGAUAAGAAAAUCCGGGUGCAGUUCAAAUAUGAGAGACUUCCUCUUUUCUGCUUCGUCUGCGGCAGAAUGGGACACCAAAUGAAAGACUGUGAAGUGGUGGAGGAUUUAAACGAGGAAGGAUUUGAAGAACUUGAGGAGCAAGACCUGGCUUUUGGGCAAUGGUUGCAUGCUUCCCCGUUGCCAAAAAUCACAGAUGAAGGAAGGAGGAAAGAAUCCAGCUCCAGCAUGUGCAGUCGCGAGUUGUUCAAUGUCUCUUCAAGCCAAAGCCGCUGCGGAGCUAAAGGGAAGGAAAAAGGUGCAGAAAAUGAAGUUAUGCAGAAUGCCGAGGCUAUUCAGUCAGCAAACAAGGAAAAGGAUCGAGGCAAAGAGUCACAGUUCAAAUCGGUUGAUGUCGAAUCGGUUGCUGAAUCCCUUGGAGCGGUGGCUCUAUCAAAUGGAACUGGGUAG